GUUCAGGUGGGCUAUCAGACGAUCCCUGACCUAGAACGUCCAACUGGGUAUAUAGUGAGCGGACUAUUCGGUUCGUCUUCGAUGCGGCACUGAAAACUUAUCAUACCUGAAGAGUCUCUUCUUGCUCAAGGCCACCAUCUCAAAAUGUCUGUUGUCAGGCGCGCACUGCGCAGGAUCGAGCUCCCAGAAAAUGAGCGUGGGGACCGCUGGAGCAAUGAGGACAUUCGGCCAGUACCGCUGGAGCGCCAAACUUGGGGACCCCUCCAGUUUGUCGAAUUAUGGUUUCUCAUCAACCUGAACAUGAGUACUUAUCAGACGGGAUCUUCGUUGCUGGCUUCUGGCAUGACUUAUUGGCAAGCCAUCAUUGUCAUUCUGAUCGGAAACGUCCUGGCAAGCACGUUCGCCGUGCUCAAUUCGGUGUCAGGUGCUCAAAGCCAUAUCGGCUUCCCCAUCGUUUGCAGAAGUGUUUGGGGAAUGUGGGGAGCAUAUUUCCCAAUCCUCAAUCGAAUCCUGACAUCAGUCACUUGGUAUGGCGUCCAGGCAGUCAUCGGAGGCAAGAUGAUAUACAUUUGCCUCCGCUCGAUCUGGAUGGAUUUGGACACAAGAAUCCCCAACACCCUGCCCGUGGGUAUCGGUAUCACGACUGCACAGUUUGUCGGAUAUGUGCUCUUCAACUUGCUCUGCUGCAUAUUCAUCUGGUUCAGGCCUCAACAGCUCCGGCCAUACUUCCAUGGCGCUUCAGUCGUGGUAGGCAUCACUCUGUUCUGCCUCCUUGGAUGGGCAGUCGGUACAAGCAAAGGAUACGGAAGCGUGUUUGAUGCAAAGACCACCAUCUCGUCCUCUGAAUUGGGCUGGCAAAUGAGUGCAGGUGUCAUGUCUGUCAUCGGCAGCAUUGCAUCAGGCAUUCUUAACCAGAACGACUUCACCAGAUUUGCCAAGCGCCCAAGCCAUGUCACCUACACUCAGGCAGGUUCAUUCAUGAUCACCAGCUCGCUUAAUGCCAUCAUCGGUGUCAUUGUCACCGCAGCCACACAGAAGCAAUAUGGAAAUGGAACCGCUCUUUGGGAUCCCAGCACAUUGUUCAUGGCAAUGCAAGACCAGAACGGUUCAAGGGGCCGAGCUGCUGCGUUCUUCCUGGGUGUUGUCUUCAUCCUCUCACAGCUUUCGAUUAACGUCGUUGGCAACGUGUUGGCUGGUGGUCUUGAUGUUGCGAGCGUAUUCCCCAAGUAUAUCAACCUGCGACGGGGAGCGUACGUUCUCGCGGCAGCCAGUGUCCUUCCAAACCCUUGGCAGCAAAUGUCUUCCGGAGGAACCUUUUUGGCCGUCCUUUCAGCAUAUGCCGUCUUCUUGGGCCCUAUGAUCGGUCUCCUCUGCGUCCACUUCUACAUCAUCCAAAGCAGGCGCUUCCACAUCCCCGACUUGUACGUGGGCUCAAAGAAGUCGUUGUACUGGUACUACUAUGGCACCAACUGGCGGACAGUCGUGGCUUGGGUCUGCGCAGUUGUUCCUAGCAUGCCUGGAUUCGUCCACUCAGUCAACCCGUCGCUCAAGGUCGCAAAGGGUGCAACCCGCAUAUUUAGCCUGAGUUUCGUUUUUGGAUUCGUCGUUGCUGCCCUCAUUGCUUAUUUGCUCCACUGGGCGUUCCCCUAUCAAUAUCCUGAUACCUCGAUCAUUGAAGGUGAAGAAGAACAUGCAAGCUCUGAGUCGGACCAAGUCGAUGCUGUCAUUGAGGAGACUAAGAACAAAUGAGGCUAAACAGUUUAGCGAUACUCACGAUAUGAUCAGUGUAUGAAGGCAGGCGCGGAGAUAUAGCAAUUUUGGACAAGAUGGGCAAAGAAUAUGUUCGAUAGCCGCCUGGUUGCAGUUCGAUGAGAAAUGCCUAGAAUGAGAAGUGUUGCUGAGUCAUGGGGCAAGCU